AUCCACUUCCAAGUCAACUAUGAAGUUCGUGUCCUAGUCUCCCCUACAAAAUUGUGUAUAUAUUCAACACAAAACACCCCCACAUUAACCAUAAACAAAUUCCCAACACAAUUAUUCUACACUCUCAAAUCAUUCACACACAAAACACAAACACAAACACAAAGGCAUGGUGUUUUCCGGCAGUGACGGUGGUUGCGCCACCACAAACAACCUAGCCCUGCAAGUACUGGCAGGUCGAUGGUUCAUGGUAUUUGCCUCAUUCCUCAUCAUGUCAGCCGCCGGAGCCACCUACAUGUUCGGACUCUACUCGAACGUCAUAAAAACCUCCCUGGGAUACGACCAAACCACCCUCAACCUCCUCAGCUUCUUCAAAGACCUCGGUGGGAACGUGGGAGUCCUGUCGGGCCUCAUCAACGAGGUGACCCCUCCGUGGGUCGUCCUCUCCAUGGGCGCUCUCCUCAACUUCUUCGGCUACUUCAUGAUCUGGCUCGCCGUCACAAAAAAGGUCUCCACCCCCCAAGUCUGGAAAAUGUGUCUCUACAUUUGUAUUGGGGCUAAUUCCCAAUCCUUUGCCAACACCGGAGCUCUCGUCACAUGCGUCAAGAACUUCCCCGAGAGCCGCGGUGUCGUGUUGGGACUUCUAAAAGGGUUUGUGGGCCUCAGUGGAGCGAUUAUUACACAGCUUUAUCAUGCUAUUUAUAAAAAUGAUUCUAAAUCUUUGAUUCUUUUCAUCGGUUGGUUUCCCGCGGCGAUUUCAUUUCUGUUUUUGAGAACAAUUCGGAUCAUGAAAGUGGUUCGACACCCCAAUGAGCUCAAAGUGUUCUAUAAUCUUCUCUAUAUAUCGCUCGGUCUUGCCGGGUUUCUCAUGGUCAUCAUCAUUGUCCAACAACAGUUCCAUUUUAACCAGGCCGAGUACGGUGGGAGCGCAGCUGUCGUCGUCUUUCUUCUCUUGUUACCGAUCGCGGUAGUUAUAAAAGAAGAAUAUGAAAUUUCGAAGAAGAAGAAACAAGCCAUGGAUUCAAUCACUCAGCUAAAUAUCAUUUCCGACGAACCCAUCGGAGAAACAGCUUUUCUACCUCCAGCCCCGCCGUCCGCCGCCGUGGAGAAAGAAGUUUCGUGUUUCAGGACGGUGUUCCGUCCACCUGACAGAGGCGAGGACUACACGAUCCUCCAAGCCCUGUUCAGCAUCGACAUGCUGGUCCUCUUCUUCGCCACAAUCUGCGGCGUCGGAGGGACUUUAACCGCCAUAGACAACCUGGGUCAGAUCGGAACUUCUCUCGGAUACCCAACUCGGAGCAUCAGCACAUUCGUCUCUCUCGUUAGCAUAUGGAAUUACCUCGGCCGGGUCGUAGCCGGUUUCGCCUCCGAAAUCGUCUUAACAAAAUACCAAUUCCCUCGACCUCUUAUGCUCACUCUCAUCCUCCUCCUCUCUUGCGUCGGCCACCUCUUAAUCGCCUUUGGAGUCCCAAACUGUCUCUAUGUUGCCUCCAUCGUCAUCGGAUUCUGCUUCGGGGCACAGUGGCCUUUACUUUUCGCCAUAAUAUCGGAAGUUUUUGGACUCAAGUACUACUCAACCUUGUACAAUUUCGGGUCCGUGGCAAGUCCUAUUGGGUCAUACAUACUCAACGUGAGGGUCGCCGGACAUUUGUACGAUAGGGAAGCCGAGAAGCAAAUGAAGGCAUCAGGACUCACCCGAAAGCCCGGUCAGGACUUGAAUUGCAAUGGGGUGGAUUGUUUUAAGCUGGCUUUUAUUAUAAUCACCGGUGUGACCGUGUUGGGGGCGCUUGUUUCCAUGGUUUUGGUGGUGAGGACUAGGAAGUUUUAUAGGAGUGAUAUUUAUAAGAAGUUUAGGGAGGAGGCGAAGGCGGCUGAGGCGGAGAUGGCGGUGGCCGGAAAUGGGGUUAGGCCGGCCGGGGGAGGGUGAGUGUUGGAUUUUUGUACAGUGGGUAGAUAUGGAUUAGGAGGAGAGAGAAAUAUGGAAGUGUAGAUUGAUCAUAUAUACAGGUACACAGAUAUGAGACACAGAUAUGAAUGAGAGGACAGGUAUGGAGAGGUUGUGCCAAUGUGCCAUUGCUUUGUAAUGUUCAUUUUAGUGAUGGUAUGGUCCCUUGUGUCUUCUCUCCUUUUGCUUGCUUGUAAAACGACAGUCUUACAUGUACCCAAUGAAAGAUAGUCUCAAUUAUAUAUUAUACUUGUCA